GUCCUGUGGUCAUUCCUGUUGCCAUCAUGAAGCAGGUUGUGCUCUUGUCUCUGUUGUUGGUGUACGUGCACGUCCACUGUGCACCCGAUGUGCAACCGUCGGCCCUCUCGUGCAAGGACGAGGCGGCCAUUUCUGUCGCAGGAGAGGCCCUCGACAUGAUCAACAAAGAUCGUCAGGAAGGUUAUAUCUUCACACUGCUCCGUCUGGCCAACAUCAACACCAAGACAUAUGGAGACAAUGGUAUAAUUUACUACUUGACUCUGGAUGUUCAGGAGACAACGGCUCAUGUUUUCACCAAAGCGGACUGGAAGAAUUGUACAGCUCGUGCUGACAGUGACAUGCCGGUUUAUGGGCAGUGCAAAGCAACCUUCUUCAUCAACAAGCCUCAAAGAGUCGUGCGCCUCUACAAAUACGACUGUAUAAUCAGACCAAUUCCUCCAAGAGCAAUUUUGAGGCGAUGUCCAGACUGUCCGAUUUUAGUUAGCGUGACAGACCCAAGCAUUCAGAGAACUGUGGCUGGAUGCCUGAAGAAGUUCAACAAUGACUAUGCGAUGGGCAAAACUUUUUCUCUGACGAACGUGGCCCGAGCCAAAAUACAGCGUGGCAUUGCAAAAUUUGACAUUGUAGAGUUCACCAUCAUGGAGACAACCAACAAGAGCACGGGCUUCUGUAAGGGGAACCGGUAUCAACCGCAUGUGCCCACAUUGGAAGGUGACGUCUACAAAGUGAGCUGUCAGAUCUUUGAGGCUGAUAAUGAUACACACACACACAACAACUCCCACAGUCACCAUAACGACAGUGACCACCACCACCAUCACCACCACCACCCAGUGGGCAAAGUGAAGAUGCUCCCUCCAAUGAAUCUGGACUCGCCCUCUGGACCUGUUCAACUCCCCACACCUCCACAUAUGCCGGUCACACUGCCAUCCUUUCCCAAUAUGCAGAUACCAUUAGGGAACGAGCCCUCUAUCUCAACAUUCCCCCCCUCAGUGGCAGCCGGCUGCCCUGCCGUGGAGUUGGGACACACAAUAGUGGAGGAAGUCUUCGACAAAGAUCCAUUGUUUAAGGUGGCACAAUCCAAGCAGUGAUCAUUAAAGUGAAAUGAGGGAAGAAAUGACCAUAAAACUUCAUCUGUUUGUUCCAGACAGAAUCCAAUAAAAUGUAGCACC